AGCUCUCCUCCUCUGCCUCGCCGGUGCCGUUCAGGAUUCGGCUUUAUCGACUGCACUUUCAAAUUCAAUUUUGUCCCCUUUUUCCCUCCAAGGGGGCGAUAUUGUGUGUUCCAUGUGGUAUUAACACAGGAAGAGCGCCGCAGAGCCCCCGCUUUCUCACGCGCGCCACGACCGGAAUCAGCACCUCGAGCCAAGUCCUCGCGCCGCCGUUCCAAGCGCUCGCUCCAUCCCGACUGGAGCGCCGCACUUCCGGUCCUCUCCGCCCUUGUUUUCCAUGAUUUGUGACGUUGAGGCGCCGCAGGCGAGAUUGAUAAUCGGACACAUUUGUGGGUGGUGAAUGUUUGACUUUUUUUUUCUUUUUAUUUUUUACACUUCAUUGGCGUUUCUCUGCCAGCCGUGGGAGGAUCUUGGACUGUCGACACGCGGAGAAGCGAGGGCCCGCAAUCGAAAACUGGAACUGGAAACCCGGUCGGGUUCGCGGAGCCCGUUAGCUUAGCUACAGACACGGACCUUCGCUUCGGCUUCGGGACGGCGUGGGAGGCGUUUUUUUCCGCUUCGGGGAAAUUGUGCGAGCCAGUCUUCAGGAAUGCUCAGGGUGCUGUCGCCGUGAGCUGAGUCUACAUUACGCUGCCCCUUACAGGACUUUGUAAUUAUGCGCUUUUUGCUGCUCUGCGCCCUUCUGUUGGGUUUAGGGGCCAAGAAUGGUGAUGGUCAGAGAGGUUCCCAGCUCCCUGUGCCACAGAAGGUGACUGUGAAUGCGGACCUGGCUUCUCAGACUCUCUCCAUCACCUGGGAAAAUGACUUUCAUUCAACCGUACAGCUCUAUGACAUCAAGGUCCUGCGCACAGAGCUGAUGGAAGUUGCGUACAAUGAAACUGUGGAGGUAAGGCCAGAUCCAACUCUUGGAGUGCAUCGGUGGAACUGGACAUCUGACACUCCCUUGCAGUGCACCUCCCUCUCGGUCCAGAUUCGAUCUAGACUCGGAAACCAGACCAGCGAGUGGAGCCCCCCUGAGAUCAUUAGAGGAAUGGACAUCCCAGAUAAAACCAAAGGGCAGAUGCUCCCCCAAGACAAAGUGGUGGCAGUGGGCACUAGCAUGGUCUUCUGCUGCAUUGUUGAUGAGGGGAAGAAAUUUGGCGCCAUCAAAAGCAACUGGAGUGAGCUAGCCUCCACCAUGCUCAGUAGAAGGACUUAUGCAACUGUCAGGAUCAAUGACUCCCCUUCAGAAUCCUCGGGGACCAAUGUGAUCUGCUUUGAUGAUGAGAAGUCGAUGAUUGAUGGUGCUGUCGUGUUUGUUGGUUAUCCCCCUGACAUCCGGGAUCUGGUGUGUGAAACACGGGACUUGGUGUCGGUGGAGUGUCACUGGGUUCAAGGACGGGACACGCACCUGGUGGGACCACGGCGAAUGUUUUUCAAACUGAAUGAAAGGGACUGUCUGGAUGCUAAUAAACCAGGUGUGGUGGAACAGAAGUGCCAACUGAACGGAACAUUGGACCAGGGAGAAACAAAAUGGACCCUCAGAGCCAGGAAUCCCCUGGGCCAUGUGGAGCUUACAGAUACCGCAGACCUAAAAAACAGAAUACGGCCAUUGGCCCCAGAGCUCUCGGUGGAGCCAGAGGCCAGGAAGGCAAGCCUACGAUGGCAGUGGACUGCACCAUGGUAUAACACGUUGCCCCUGGUGUGCGAGGUGCAACUUGUGUGUGGUGGGCAACUCAGAACGCUCAACUACACAGGCAAGGGCUUAGCCCAGGUUCUGCUGGAAGGCCUGCAGCCCUACGAGAAGUACAGAGUAAAAGUCCGCUGUGGGGCACAGCAGAACUUCUGGAAAUGGGGCAGCUGGAGCUCAGAGUUGAGAUUCAGCACCAAAGAGGACCGCCCAGACCCUGUGGACAUGUGGGUUUACAUGACUAGUGAGCUGACUGGUUACAUUCUGUGGAAGCCUCUCUCAAAAAGCCAGAGUCACGGUCUGAUCCAGGGCUACAGGGUCACCCUGAGCAGCCUGACGGAAGAGCACCCACAAGAGCUCCUCCCCAUGGGCUUAGAAUACAGUGUCCCCUUCAGUCUAGACAGCCUUGUUGGCGAUCACGUUGCCACAGUCACAGCCCGUAAUGCUGCGGGUGUUUCCCCUGAUGCCACUAUCACCAUCCCAAGGUUCCAACCAGAUGGUGGUGAGGCCCUUCCCGGGAUUUUUGGUACUGGUGGCGGUUUCAAACUCUCUUGGUCUCCGAGCAACAACGCCAGCUGCGGUUACGUGGUCACGUGGAACUGCACCAGUGGUGGACAAAAUUGCAGGCUGGACUGGGUGAAAGUGCCUGAAGGGAACACCAGUGCCACAAUUGAAUCAGGAAGCUUCAAGGCUGGAGUGAGGUACAAUGUGUCCAUCUAUGCCUGUACCCCUGGGGCUCCAGAGCUGCUGGCAAGGAGCCAGGGAUAUGUGCAGGAGCUGGCCCCAACCGCCACAGUCACAAAUUUGAAAGCGGACCAGCGAGGGUCUGACAUCUUGCUGUACUGGGACUCAGUUCCCUUAGAAGGCCAGAGGGGCAUCAUCCGUGGAUAUACAGUGUGCCUCUACAACGGAUCCCACUUUAAUCUGUUAGACAAUAUUACAGAUCCGUCCAUCAAGAACCUCACUGUAACAAAGCUGUCCUAUGAUACCUACAAGUUCCUUGUAAAGCCUUACACCUCAGCAGGCGCGGGGCCAGGGUUCACCGUCUCCAUCAGGCUGGAGCCUGUCGCGGACAUGUUGAUCAUGGAGAUCCUUAUCGCACUGGGCACUGUGACUGCUCUCUUCAUCGUUGUCACCAUUGUCUGCUACAGGAAGAGAGAGUGGGUGAAAAGGACCUUCUAUCCAGAUAUCCCUGAGCCCAAGCUGCCAGAAUGGUCCCCAACACAGGUGUUUGUGAGCAGGACCCUGGACAUGAAGCCAUGUCCCUCAAGUUCUGUCCGCAUUGUGGAGAACCCAGGGCGGAAGCUGGGCAAGGAGGAGCUCGAGGUGGUACUGGAGGACCCUGAGGAGGCGGAAUCCCUGGGGAAUGAGCCUGCUGACACUGAUUCGGAUGAGCUAGCCUCCCUCCAAUACUACAACCAGGUGGUGGGUGAGCCCUCGGGACAGGCAGCCCAUGCUUCGGAGUCAGCCAGCUCGUCCUCCAGCUCCAUGGGUUCCACACGGACUGACAUCACAUACACUGGCAUUCAGACCUCCUCUGUGGCAGACACAUCCUCCUGCUCUUCAACAGCUGCUCCCAACCAAACAGUGAUCCAGCUUUCUGGGGGAUAUCAGCCACAAAUGAACCCUGUGACCAGCCCAACCCAGCCCCAGGACAGCUCGUCGGAUGUCGCACUCCUGGAGGCCUGCCGCGGCUAUCAGCCUCAGGCAUCCUGGAGACUUGACUCAACAGAGGAAGCCGGCUUGGACAGCCUGGGCAGUCCCACCUCGGUCAAUUCCUCUCAGUUCUUACUCCCCGAAUCUUCUCAGGAAGAAGAGAGGGGCCACGCUUCCUCCACCACCUGGUUUCGCACCCUACUUUCAGGCAAACCCUAAUCUCAUGGAAUACGCUGUGAGCUUCUCUGCAGCGCUCUCUAGUGGUGUGGAGUCCAAGUUUCUUAGUCUUGUUUGCUACUCACCCCUGGUGUGAUGAGACAGUAGCUAUCAGUCAUUAGCACUGUGGUGCCAAUAGUUUUCUUCUGUGUAGCAGCACUAUUGAAAGGGGAGGAGGGAAGAACAGGUGGGUAAUGACACAUGUUUUCUCUCUUCCGAAGACAUAAUGCACAUUUCAGUAUCACUCUAAAGUCAGGUUAUUUGGGUAUUUUCUCAAACAAAACAGUGUUGGCUGUUUUUUCCUUUCAGUACUUCCAUCCACUGGAAAUGGCUUUGCUGAGAGAUGAAGGGACUUUGGCUAUAUGGUUCCUGCUCCCAGCAUUUAGCUGGUUGUUAAUGGGGUGUUUAAUGUUUCUCUUCCAUGGCCUGUGACCCAUGACCUUACAGAGAAUGUAAUCAGUUGUUAAGUAAACAAAAGUGGUGUUUUUGAAAGAUUUAACAGUAAUAUCAUGUAAAUGUCACUGUUCAAAUGUUCACCAAUGUUAAUGUUGAAAGAUAUGAUCAUUUUCAUGUCAGUGUUUAGAAAUCACUGUUCUACUUCUCUAACACGGACCUUACUGUCCUGGUUUCUUGUGACCAUCCAGAUGAGAGAUUGAUUUGCUCUGAUCCUUGUUUCUAUAAUCACUACCAGGGGUCUGAGCUUCCCAAACAUGGACCUUGUGAUUCUGUGUUGUGUUUCAUUGGGACAUAUGCAUUGAGGCAGAGUUGCAUAUUGAUUCAUCUGGUGGUGAUGCACUGGCAUCAGAGAUCGCCUGCUGACAUUAAUACCAAAGAGAAGCUUUAACUAACCCGCAACUUUAAUUUUUUAAAAAUAUUAACUACUGUACCAACUGUGAAUUUUUUUUUUUUCCCCCUUUGGAUUCUACAUGUUUAAAAAAAUAUUAAUCAGCUGCUCUUCCAGUAGGAAAUAACUGCUCAGAAGCCCACAGUGUUGUGGAAAGACCUCCUCAGGGUGCAGUGGGAGUCAUGUCUCAAAGGCAGAUUGUAGUGAUGUCACAGGUGGGCUAACAGGAACUGGAUAAUGAGGAGCACCAUGUUGGAAGAAAAAAGAUGUCAGUGGUGUUCUGCAGGCCACCAGAUUGCAUAGCAGCUAAGGAGGAAGACAUGAAUCAGAAUUGAGGCCAAGGAUGGACCCUGCUGUAGUACCUUCAGAAAAAGGUGCUUAAACCUGUUUGCAUUGUUAAAAAUUCCCAAAUGUAUUCAGUAUAAUGGUAAAUUCUUAUAUUAUUAAGCUAUGUAAAUUUCUUUGGAUAAAGGGUUGUUAGUCAGUUAGCAUUUUAUGGGAAAGAAACUGACUUUAUACUGUAAAUGGACUUUGAGAUUUUAAUGGCAUUUGUCUAUGACGUGCUUUUCCAAAGGAAAAGCUGUGUUUUGUGUAUCUGUGUGUUGAGGUGAGGUGGGGGUGGUUAGGAAGGGAAAUGGCUCGUUCGAACAAACCUGUGAUCUUUCAGAAGAUGCGACAAAACAGGUUUUGGAAAAGGAUCUUCUCUGGAGCUUCCACUGUUGGUUUACACCUUGCUUAUUUACUGGAGUUAAACUAUUUGGGUGGGGGUUUUAGGAGUGUGUUGCUUGAAAUUUUGAAGACCCUGCAACCAUCGAAGACUGGAAUGCUUCCAUUUCCCCUGCCAUCAUUUACCCCAUGUGUUUUUGUUUCUCUGUUAGAAUGACUGGAGAAUUUUAAUUUUUUUUUUUUGGACGGGCCAGUGUGGUGCGUGUGUGUGGGAGGAGUCAUAACAGAUCUGUCAAACAUCUGGGAGGGAUGUAGCCGGGAAUGUGCUCAACUUGCCUUUCGUGAAUGUCUUGUUGUCACUGACAUUAGUUUGUCUUCCAGAGAGGAUUGCUCUGUAUUCGUGUAGCAGCUAAUAUCCUAAUGGCAGUUACAACAACAGCCAGGCAUCUGUGGUGGAGUGUGUGUGUGUGUGUGUGUGUGUGUGUGUGUGUGUGUGUGUGUGUGUGUGUGUGUGUGUGUGAGAGAGAGAGAGAAAAAUCAUAACGGGCAACGAGGGAGCCCUGGCUGAGCUGUGCACUGACUAACACCAUAGUGAUGUCGCCUUGUUGUGCUUCCUGGGUUUGGGAAAUUCCACCUAUUUUGCAACCACUGUUUUUUAGAAUCCUUUUAUGUGUAUUAAAAAAAAUAUAUAAUCAAGAACAGAAAUAUGUUAACACUAAUGGUAUGUCAAUUGUCUAAACGUGCAUGAUAACACCCUUUUAGGGGGAACUAAACAGUAACUGAAAAUGUUUCAGUGUUUGUGCAGUACACUGCUGUAACAAGACAAAGAAGUCACUGAGGAGCUCUAUGAAAGGCUUUGCUUUCUGAGCAGGUUGCAUUGCCGAUGUACUAAAGUGCUGCUUUGUGUAACCAACCAUGUAUCGGAACCUGGAGCUUUGCCCGAGGCUCUGGAGUUCACACGCAGAAUAAAGAAAGGAUGCUACACCAGCAAGUCCUGCUCUUUCUCUUC